AGUGAGGUGCGGGUUUUGGAGCAGGCGCGUGUUCGAAAGAGAGAAACGAAAUUUAUACAGUGUACGCGGUGUUCGUCUUCUAGUUCUAACUCCAUAAUUUCAUCAAAAUGCCCGAUAAUAUAGCAUUAGAGGAGUCUCAUGAGAACUUGGAUAUUGCAACUGGUGCUAGUGUUAAUAUCUUCAAGGUUCUUGGGAAUGCUUUCUUCGAAAUUGACACGGAUAUGGAAAAUGAGGACCUUAAUAAUAAUCAAACUGAGCAAGAGGUUGAGGCACCCACUCUAGUGAAUGAAGCUGGUAAUAUUGGUUCUGGUUUUGCAUCUAAAAAUCAAAGAAAAAGAAAAUGUCAUGUUGAAGAUACUACAACUAAUAGUAAUGAGGGUCCUGUGCUUGUCCCUAUUAUUGAUGAUGGUCCUAUUCUUGUAAAUCAAGAACCCCAAUUAAGAUCUCCUACAUGGAAUCACUUUAUUCUGAUCAUGGUUAGGGAAAAGAAAAUGGGCAGGUGUAAGUACUGCAAGACACUUGUUCUUGUUGACAACAAGAAGAAUUGGACUUCAAGUCUACUAAAUCAUGUUAAUCAUUGCAAACUUCAUCCUGAUAACAAACCUAAACAAAACCUAAAGCAAAGCAUGAUUAAAUUUAAAACUGUUGUUGAUGAUCAUGGAAAUGAGGUUAUUUCAAUGACGAACUGGAAGUUUGAUGCAGUAGCUAUUAGGAAGGCUUUAGCCAUGUUGAAGAUUAUAAGCUUUAAACCUGUUACUAGUCAUAGAGGUGAUGAGUUGGGUGACAUGGUCGAGAGUUGUGUACUUGAGUGGGAGAUAGAGGGACUAUACUGCAUUACCUUAGAUAAUGCAAGUGCAAAUGAUGGUGUUGUGAAUUCAGUUAAUCAAUCUUUACGGCUGCCUGCAAGUACAUUAGGCAGAGUACACAAAGGUAGACAAGUUUUCAAGAUGCUGCACAAAGGGAAAAGGCUAAAUUUAACAAGCAUUUAUGGUUGGAUUCAAACACAAGAUGGAACUCAACCUACACAAUGUUGGAAAGGGCUAUUCAGUAUGAGAGAGCUUUUGAGAGGAGGUGCCUUUAGUAAAAGGACUCUUACUACUUAUAAGAUGCAAAAAGAGAUUGAAGCUGGGAUUAGAUGUGAAAAGACUGAUUUAGAUAAGUACCUCAAGGAAGAUCAAGAAGGAGAUUCAGAGGAUUUUGAUUUGCUCUCAUGGUGGAAGAGUAAUUUUUGUAGGUUCCUUAUCCUCUCCGCAAUGGCUAGAAACAUUUUAGCUAUUCCAAUUUCUAUAGUUGCCUCAAAGUGUGCUUUUAGCACAAGUGAAAGAGUCUUGUCUAACUCUAAGAGUUCUUUAUCUCCUAAAACAGUUGAGACUCUACUCUAUACCCAGGAUUGGUUAAGGCCUGAGGAAGGACUUAUUGUUAUUGAUGAAAAAGAUAUUGACAAUAUUGAGGCAAUUGAGAAAGGUAAUAACAUAUCUAACUUCUUUUAUGAAUCCUAAUCUUGUUUUUUCUUUUCUUUUCUUUUCUUGUCUUUAUAGCUUAUACCCUGCCUUUAUGUUUAACUUGGUUAUGACUUAUGAAUUUGACUUGUGCAUUUUUACUUUGUCAAAUUCCAAUGGGAGCUCUCCAAAUUCUGUUGUUCUCGAUGGUUGAUCUAAUAUGGCUCUGGCUCUGGCUCUGCAAAUGUUUUUUUUUUUUGUUAAUAUGUAUUACGUCUCAAACAUAAACAGUACAUAGUAUU